CGCGUCCUAAUAUAACCUGAUAUAUAACCUGCGCGCCUAUGGAAACACGUGUUUACUUCGCAGCUCGUACUUGAAUCUUGGCGAGACACGACACGAGUAAUGAGCUAUUGGUUUAAUUUGGUGAAAAGCGCCUUCCUCGGAAUGUUGCGAAUAUUUUGGUCUAGCAAACGAAAGAUAUCCAACUCUCUAAGCAUAUACAUUAAAACGAAUACGGGCAACACUCUUGCCGUCGAAUUAGAUCCAAAGUGCGACAUAAAGAAUUUAAAGGAGAUUGUCGCGCCUCGGAUGGGGAUGGCACCGGAAGAUAUUAAAAUUAUAUUCGCGGGUAAAGAGCUGCACAAUUCGACGAUAAUAGAGGAGUGCGACUUGGGACAACAGAGCACUUUGCACGCGGUAAGGACGCCCCUGCGUAAAAUGCUGAAUGAAAUGAAGGGUACUGCGAGUCCUAUAGAGGAGUCCCUGUCAGAGGCCUCCAGUUUCAACGACAGUGGUGGCAAGCCUAUGAACGAAACACUUAUGGAUUUAUCCUUGGAUGAGUCGGACCGAGGAAAUUUGUCCUCGAAAGUGCAGCAGGAGAAUCGGGCACAUUUUUACGUAUACUGUUCGGCUCCCUGUAAGGAGGUGACGGUAGGUAAAUUGAGAGUCAAGUGUGCGAGGUGCGGCAGCGGCGCUGUAACCGUCGAUAGAGAUCCUCAAUGCUGGCCAGACGUGUUGCAACCAACAAGAAUCACGGUACAUUGCGAGAGCGACGUUUGUCCCGUAACUGCGAGCGCAUCUAGCGACGAGGCCGAUAAUCAAGUCUCUUACGCACGCUUUUACUUCAAAUGCGCCCAGCAUCCCAGUUUAGGAGAGAACGACCAAGCUGUGCCCCUUUAUCUUGUAAAGCCAAACUUGAGGAACAUCCCUUGUCUGGCUUGCACGGAUAUCAGGGAAACCGUCUUAGUGUUUCCGUGCGAAGCUGGUCAUGUGACUUGUCUCGAUUGCUUUCGCGAAUACUGUACAGUUCGUUUAGACGAGCGACAAUUUCAAUUCGAUACUACCGAUGGAUAUUACACGUUGUCUUGCCCUGCUGGCUGCUCCAAUUCUUUCAUCCGUCAAGUUCAUCAUUUCCAUCUUCUUAACACGGAACAGUAUGAAAGAUAUCAGAGAUUUGGCGCGGAGGAACAUGUUUUGCGUGCCGGUGGCCUUUUGUGUCCAAGGCCAAACUGUGGGAUGGGUAUUAUACCACCUUCGGCGGAGGAUGCAGAGUGCCGAAAGAUUCAAUGCAUCGGUGGAUGUGGCUAUGUUUUUUGCAGAAUUUGUCUGCAGGGAUAUCACGUGGGAGAAUGUGAAUCGCAAAGUCUCGAAACGUCUACGAGUGGUUUUUCUUCAAGAAAUUAUUCCAUAGAUCCUGCCAGAGCUAACGAGGCCAAGUGGGAAGAAGCUAGCAAAAAGGCGAUACAGCUAUCUACAAAGCCUUGCCCCAAGUGUAGAACUCCUACCGAGAGAGACGGAGGUUGCAUGCAUAUGGUGUGCACAAGAGCGGGAUGCAGCUACCAUUGGUGCUGGGUAUGUCAAACGGAAUGGAGCAGAGAAUGCAUGGGCAACCAUUGGUUCGGAUAAGGAUUAUGUAUUAUUUAUAUUUGCGAAAAGUAUGAGAAAUGUAUCCUACAAUAUAUAUAUCCUAUACACGAUA